AUGCCAGAGACAGCCACUGCCACUGCCGUGUAUGCGUACCAGGCGCAGCACCCGCUGGAGGAGCGUUGCGCGGAGAGUGCCCGGCUGCGGGAGCGCCACCCCGGCAUGGUGCCCGUUGUGUGCGAGGCCGCGGCGGCGGGGCGCAAGGGCGGGCGUGUGUGCCACACAAUGGUGCCAGCCACCGCAACAGCUGCGCAGCUCUGCGACGCGGUGCGUGCGGCGGCGGAACUCGGAGCAACGGCCCCACUGUCCCUCAUCACGAACGACGGUAUGCCGUCCAGCGACGCACUCGUUGGCGAGCUCUACGAACACUGCAAGGAUGCCGACGGCUUUCUCUACGUGAAGUACUCUGUUGAGCAGAAGUUUGGCUUUGGUCCUUUCUUUUGGGCAUACGUGUGUGGGCCCCGUGUCGCCUAUGUGGUGUAA